UGCCGUAGAUGAGACCUCCCUGGUGUGUCUGGAGUUGAUGUAAUAAGCUGUUGAUGGACCAUCAGUGGAAAAUACUGGAUGGAAACCAGUGUGUGCUGAAUCUGGAUCAGUGAUUUGGCGAUGGUCACACGCCAGUCUUCCAAUGUUUUUGUGGACAGACAUGCACUUAGGUAAGACAGUAGGCACAGCAGCAAAGUGAUGGCCAUGUGCCAAGUGCCAGCUGCCCUUAUUCACCAGAUUCAAGAAGAACUGGAUAAAGAAGAAGAAGAGAUGAUGGUUUUCCUGUGCCGAGACCUUGCUCCUGACUUGGCCACUGCUGAUCUUAGAGAGAUCUUGGCAGCUUUGAAUGAGAGGGAGAAACUCUCUCCUGUUGGCUUGUCUGAGCUGCUGUACAGAGUUAAGAGGUUUGACUUGCUGAGGAGAAUCUUGAACACUGAGAAAGCGACGGUGGAAGUUCACCUUGCCAGGAGUCUCAGACUUAUCCCUGAUUACAGGGUACUAAUGGUGGAGAUAAAUGAGAAUCUGGAAAAAGAGGAAGUGGGUUCUCUUGUGUUUCUGCUCAGAGAUUAUACACCUCGGAUGAAAAUGGCAAAAGAUAAGAGUUUUCUAGCCCUUGUAAUUGACCUGGAGAAACUAAAUUUGGUGGCUCCUAAUCAGCUGGAUUUGAUAGAAAACUGUUUUCGAAGUAUUCACAGGAUAGAUUUGAUUAGGAAGAUUCAGAACUACAAACACAAAGCUUUAAUGCCCUCCGUUCAUUCUCAGCCAGUGUAUGUAAAUGCACGUCAGGCAUCUCUCACUAAUCUCAAUCUGAUUGAUCCUCCUUAUAAUUCAGGGGUUCAGAAUGGGAGCAAAGAAAAAUUACAAAAUGGACUAAAUCAUACUCUGGCAGAACCAGUUCCCAUGUCCGUUCAGGAAUCGGGAUCGGUGUCACAUAAGGGGACUGAUGAACCUUACAGAAUGCUAAGUCAGCCUUUAGGAAUAUGCCUGAUCAUAGACUGUAUUGGCAAUGAUGCAGAUAUGUUGGAAGAGACCUUCAGAGGCUUGGGCUAUGACGUUCGUUGUCACAGAUACUUAAAUAUUGCCACCAUGAAGCAAACACUGCUUGAAGUUGCAAGGUUGCAGCAGCACAGAAAUUAUGACAGCUUCAUUUGCAUAUUGGUCAGCCGUGGAAGUCAUCAGGCCAUCUUCUGCACAGACAUUACCUGUUCUGGAUUCCCUUUGGAACAAAUAAAAAAUUACUUCACACCAGACUCAUGCCCUGGACUCCUAGGGAAACCAAAGCUUUUUUUUAUUCAGAGCUACAUUGUGCCAGAAAAUGAGCAAGAAUGUACCAGUCUCUUGGAAGUAGAUGGGAAUGAUAGGAAUAUCAUUACUAAAGUCAUUAUCCCCAGAGGAGCAGACAUCUUUUGGAGUCAUUGUAAGGUGGAUGUGUCUACACUAGAAAAAUCCUCAACUUCAUCCUCAUAUUAUCUGCGUUGCCUGGCUGAGCUACUCCGCGAUCCUUACAUAAGGAAACUCCCUCUAUCAGAUAUCCAUACAGAGCUGAACGGAAGAGUUUAUAAAUGGAAUGAGACCGCUGACUCGUGCCAACAAUACUCACUUCUGCUCCAACACACACUGACAAAGGAACUUUUUCUUUUUCCCACUUAACUGCUCUUGGAAAGGACAUGUUUGAUGUUUUUAACAAGAAGUAUUUAAUAUGAUCCAAACAGUUUCCCA